UCCACCACCUCCUCCUCAUCUUUCCCUUAUAAAAUCCCAACACCCUCUUCAAACCUCGAAAUAAACAAGCCAACAGCCACAGCUACAUCACAUUAUACAUGAACCACCCUCAUUGUGUCACAACCCUUAACCUUGAUCAACCAUGGACUGGUUCUCCUGGUUAUCCAGGACCAGCCUAGAGCCUUCACUCAUCUACGAGUAUGGCCUUGCCUUCGCACGCAACGAGCUUCAGUUGGAGGACGCGACCUACUUCAACCACGAGUUUCUUCAAAGCAUGGGAAUUUCCAUCGCCAAGCACAGGCUAGAGAUCCUCAAGCUGGCGAAGAAGGAGGACUUGGCAGCGAAAACCAGCGCUAACAAGCUUUCUGGGGUCAUCAAGAAGUGCCUGAGGAAGUGCUUCAGCAAGCUGGUUUCAAAGGAGGAUCAUCAAGAAGUGAAGGAGAUGCCUCCGGAGCCAAACUGGUACCAAGGGAAGUGGAGAAGGGCGAGGCACAAUGGGACCAUUGCACUUUCAGGGCCUUUGGAUGGGAAUGGGAGGAUAGUGCAUGAGAAGAUGGUGAGCAACAGCAAGGUCAUGAAGCUUUCUGGCCCUCUUGAUGGGAAGGUCAAUGGUGGUGAGAGAGUCAUGUAUGCAAAUGCAAAUAGAAGUCCUAUUAUGGGUGGUGCUGGUGCUGGUGCUGGUGGUGGUGCUCCUAGGCCUCUUGAUGGGAGGUUCAUGGGCUCAGCUAAGAGUCCUAGGCUUUCUGGGCCACUUGAUGCAAGGCCUGUGGCUGUGAGUAAUAAUAGAAGUCCAAGGCUACCUAGGGCUUUAGAUGAGAGGGCUGAGAGCCCUAUGGGCUAUAGUCCCUAUAAUAAGGUCAGAACUGAUCAUGCUGAUUAUGAUGAUGAUUAUGCCAUGUGGCCUUCGUUGUUUGAGGAUCUUAAACCAACUUAGACUAUUAUUUUGCGUUUGUUUUCUUUCGCAUAUUUGUUACACCUUCGUGGCGAGUGAUAGCAACGUUUUUUUUUCAUAUAAUAAUGACAGGUGGUAGAAUAUGAAAUGUGAUGUUUACUACGAUUUGAAUGUUCUUUGUGUUUCAACAAUCUUUCACGUGAAUUCAGGGAUUGGUAGUACAGGCAAGUUGUAUAUCCCAACAAUCAGAUCACGUCAGUUAUCUAUAAUUACAUUAAUAUAUCAAGAUGUUAGUCCUUGUUACAGUGA